CGCAGGGCCCCGCCGCCACAGCGCGCUCCGCCGCGGCGCCUCCCCGCCGCCCCUCGUGGCGCCCCCCGGCGCCCGGCCGGGCUGCCGCGCUCCCUGGCCGCGGGCGCCAUGCGCUGCCCCGCAGCCCCGCUGCUGCUCCUGGUCGGAGUCGCGCCGGCCGCCGCCGGCGCCCUGGCCGGGGCGGCCUUCGCCUACCCCGCGGAGGCCGCGCCACGGCCGCCCAGGGCCCUCGGUGGCGCCUGGGCCCCGCCGCGCACGCGGAGCCCUGCUCCCGAGCCGGCGGCCGCGGCACGACCCCGCGCGGCGCCGGGACAUCGCGGGUUGGCCGCCGCCGCGGCCGCGGUGGCGAGCCUGCUGGCGUCCCUGCCUCGCCGCCGCGGCGGGCACAGCGGAGGCCGGCGCCCAUUGCUUGGCUGCGCCACCACGAGUGGCGUGAUCAGCGCGUUCCCCGCCGGGUUCCAGAAAUGCGUCGCCGUGCUCGAGAAGUUCUCCACAUCCAAUCUGGGCCUCAUGAUGCGGCUCAGCACGCUGAACUUCUGCAAGAUCUAUAUGGCGAUGCUCGUCCUUCGCAUCACCAUCAUGUGGUUCCCGAACAUCAACCCCUACCGCCAGCCCUUCUACUCGAUGAUACAGCUCACCGACCCCUACCUCAACCUGUUCCGAGGCUGGAUGCCGCCGAUCUUCGGCAUCGACCUCUCCGUGAUCCUCGCCUUUGUGGUCCUCCAGGCUGCGCAAGACACGCUGGCCAUCUCUCCCUUCUGA